AUGUUCAACAAUCCAGUAUCCCCUUACCUAGGCGGACAAAACUUCCUCAAGGGCUGCCUCCUUGCACUCAACGACUCUCUCACCAUCAUCGACGGCAAGCUCGCCAAGACAGACAACUUCUUCGCCUUCGACCCGAGCACCACCAUCGCUGACAUCCUAGACGCGGCCAUCAACGACUCCAUCUGCUCCUCCGUCACCGGACGCCCACCCGAGGUCUGGGUCCCGUACGAAUGGUGUCUGAACCGCCUACCAGGAUGGCAAUCCGCCUCUUUGUCAGGAGCCAUGGGCCCGCUGGUGCAGUUUAUCCUCCCCUGCAUCGCCUUCUGCUACAACAUUCCGCGCGAGUGGAAGGUCCGCGUUGGCCUCCUGCGGGAGAAGCCCAAUCUCGACCUCGGCCUGCGGGCGCCGACUGACACGAAUCCUACUGCUCCACGGUCUUCUCCCUCCUCCUCCUCCUCCUCUUUUUCUAGACUGUGCCGCCGCAUCGGAAAGUCCGUAGGGGUAUGGGCAAAUGGGUUCGUCAUCCUUGUGGCCGUCACCUUUGAGCUUGGUGUUCUGGCCCUCGACACGCUACUCUGGAUGGCUAUCUGCUUCGUCAUGGCGGGGCCCAUGAUCAUCAGCGCAGCGUACGAGUACCGUUUGGACUGGAAAAACCUCGACAUGCUGGCGCACAGAGGGGCAGGGGUUCCCAACGUGUCGAGGGCGCGGCUGCUCUUGUGUACCGUGGCUGGGAACAUGAAGAUGCGAGAUGAUAAGGGCAAGGACGAGGAGGAGGGGGAGGAGAUGGGCGGGCUCUUAGAGGCGCAGGGGCGGUCGGCAUGGGUCCAGAUCAUGAGUAUUGCCGAGGAGGACAAGCCACAGGCCGUCAGUCAGGUCGACGGGCUUGGUCUUAGCCCCUUUCCGGGUCGAAACAGCUCUGUUGUUGCUGUUGAGGCCGAGGGCACGCGCGUUGGGCCGCGACUGAAGUUACAGACUCUACUUGAUGCUCAACCAGGUUUUGGCGGAUACAUUGGUGCGCCUACAGUCUUUUUCAUAGGCAGUUUCGGCUACAAUAUCGCAGACAGCGACAAUAGCCCAGGCCAAGAGACCGUCGCAAUCACGCUCGCAUUCGGCAUGUUUUGGAUGUACAUCCCACACACAGCCGUCAUCUCCAACACCCUCCUCGCGAGCAACGACCCCAGUACAUUGCAAGGUCUCGUUGGCAAGAAAGCCGAGAAAACCCGACAGUUCCAAGACACCCAAAACCCCGGCAAAACCCCGUUGGAACGACUCACCAACUCGUCGAGGCGCAAGAUCCACGACCUCAAGAGAAGCAUCACCAAGCCCGCCUACGAGUCCACCUAUGAGCCGGUCGCCAUGUGGAAGCGCGGGCCCAACAAGCAAUCCUGGAUGUUCGAGACCAUCAAGGUCAUCAGAGACAUCCACCGAGACGAUUGCCCGCCGGACGCCGUCAAGGUCAUCGAGAGCGCCUUGGUCUUUGGCCGCAGAGACUGGGCUUUUGCCCUCUCACUUACCCUCCUGCUGCUGUCCAUCCCGUAUGUGCUAGCAUUCACGACUUCCUACCUCACACCGAUGAAGGGGCUGUCUUGUAGGAGCCUGACGCAUACCGUCUUCUUCUUGUCGCAGUGCAUCCAGGUGGCCAUCUGGAGCUUCGACACGCACCGCACAGUCGACGCGUGGUCCUGGAUCGACCCAACCAACCCCAAUGCCAGGGCUGGCCUGAGCAACAUCACAGAAGCUGAAAUUCGCGCCUCCAAGAACUGGAACAUAAAUGGCGCCCUGGCCUCGGUGGCCCUGUCUCUGGUGACGGCGGUGGGGUGGUGGCACCGGCGAGAACUAUGGAAGAAGUUCACAGAGGAGACGAUGAAGCUGCCUGAUGUAGCAGCAGAGUUGUCGUCCUCGAAGCUGGGGCCUAGCCAUACCCGUCUUCGAAGGACCUCUUCGAUUCCGUCUAAUACUUCGGAACCCUUGGACAUGCCUCUUCUGGACCCUUCCAGAUCUCCUGGAUGA